AUGACUGUGACAAAUACCCGGCCGGGAGAUCGCCACCACGAGUCUCAAGGCCGGCUUGGCCACGGAGAGCUUCUCGAGCGUCCAUUCCCUACUGUCACUGCCGCCUUCUAUCACCAUGCGAUAGUCUGUCCGGAUGCCACAGCCGUUCGUGAUCUCUCGGGAUCUCCGAGGGAGCUGACCUAUGCGGAACUUGCUGGACGAGCUCAAAGCUUGGCCGCCCAACUCAGAGCUCAAGGGGUAGUCCCUAACUCGAGGAUCCCACUUGUCGUCAAACGAGGGCUAGACAUGAUAGUCGGUAUCUGGGCGAUUCUAUCCUGCGGCGCCCAAUACAUCCCUCUCGAUGGUGGCGUUGUACCUGAUGAGACGAUCCGUCGGAUUCUGGAGGAGUCUAAGUCGGGUGUCGUCCUUUGUCUAUCCUCGACCAAGCAUCGCAUCACCACUCAACAUCCAGACCAGACCGUUGUUGUCAUUGACGAAGCCAACACCACAUCUUUCGAUUCUAAUCAAGGCGACUAUGUCGACCUCUCAACACCAGAUGGGGGCUGCUACGUGAUAUACACAUCCGGAACCACAGGACAACCGAAAGGAGUCGAUGUAACACACAACAAUGUCGCCAAUCUGGUGUGCCUCUCUCCCGGAAACCUAGGGGUUUCAACCGGGACCUGUGUGGGAUCGCUUCUCAACAUCAGCUUUGACAUGGCGGCAUGGGAAAUCUUUUCUUGUUUAUGCAACGGAGGAACACUUGUCCUCCGAGGCUCCGACUGGGAGCCGACUCUACAGCAGAUUGACGUCUUGAUCUGCACUCCCACGAUCCUUUCCAAGUACCAUCCUACUCAGUUCCCCAGAAUAAAAACGGUCGCUACAGCGGGUGAGCCGACCACCAAGGGUCUUGCCGACCUAUGGGCCACCCACGGCACGUACUGGAACUGCUGCGGCCCGACCGAGACAACCAUUGUCAAUACCAUGCAAAAGCACAUUGUCGGACAAGAAUUGACAAUUGGUCAGCCAACCCCAAACAACAAGGUGUACAUCCUGGGCGAGGACGGUAAGCAGCUCGGUGUGGGUGCUGCAGGUGUCAUGUGGGCGGGCGGACUGGGAGUUUCUCGAGGCUAUGUCGGACUCGAAAACAAGGCAAAAGACAAGUACAAACCGGAUCGGUUUGCCAAUGAUGGGUCCACCAUGUACAACACCGGCGAUCUUGGACGAUGGUGUCAAGACGGUUCAAUCGAAAUCCUCGGCCGGGUAGACGAUCAAGUCAAAGUAAAGGGUUUCCGCGUGGAGCUUGACGGCGUGUCCGCCUCCCUCGCAUCCGCCCCCGGCGUGUCUCGGGCGGCUGCGCUGCUGAUCAACGGGCAGAUCCAUGGGUUCACUUCGCCAUGCGGGAGCGAUGUAACCACCAUCCUCAAGCACACGCAGCAACACCAACCCUACUACGCAAUCCCGACACACCUCCACCUCCUGGAUGACCUCCCCUCAACUGCCAACGGCAAAGUAGACAAGAACGCACUCAAGGCAUUGGCAUUGGCCAAGCUAUGCAAUGCAGAGCCAUCUACACACCAUGGCGAGAAUACGAAGGGCGUGUCUGACCAUGGCGAGCUCAAAUCGCAAUCUUCCAUGUCAACUCUGUCGACUGUGGUGGAGAAACCAGACCUGCUGCGAGACUUGCCUGACAAGACGACCAACCAGCCGUUCAGGGGUCUGAGAUACAGAAUCUUCAUCGUCUAUCGCACCUUGUUCAGUCUGAUCGGGAUACUAAACUUGGCCGCAUUGAUCUGCGUGAUCACCCUUCAGCCAAGGUCUGAAUGGCUGGGUACCAUUACCGCCAUCAACCUCGCAACUGCAGUACUCGUGCGCCAGGACAGCAUGAUCAACGUCCUGUACACCGUUGCCUGCUCGGUACCAAGACAACUGCCGUUGUGGAUUAGGACCCGUUGCGCCAAGAUUUAUCACCUAGGUGGUGUUCACUCCGGCGCGGGGGUUUGUGCGACCGCAUGGCUGGUUAUCUCAACGGUCCGCGGCACCGUCUGCAAUGCAGGCUUCUGCGAAGGACACACAUCGGGCUCCCUGGCCACUCAGGUGGUAUCGUGGCUGUUGUGCGGGCUGCUGUGUUCCAUGGUGGCGACUGCAUGGCCAUCGUUCCGGAAACAAUAUCAUAAUUUCUUUGAACGCUUCCAUCGCUUCGCUGGCUGGACAGCAUUGGCCAUGUUCUGGGUGCGCAUAAUCCUUGCCAUUAACGACUCUCGGCCUAAGGACCAAGACCUCGGCCUGGCAGCUGUCAGGAGUCCAGACUUCUGGCUCCUGGUCGUGGCAACCUGCAGCAUCGCCUCCUCAUGGUUCUUCCUUCGCAAGGUGCCGGUCGAGGCAGAAGUCCUCUCCGACCAUGCAAUCCGGCUGCACUUUGACUACACCGUGCCCGUAAAUGGAAGCUUCACGCGCAUCUCGCGGCGACCCUUGGUCGAGUGGCACUCGUUUGCGACCAUCCCCAACCCAGAGGCGACUCAUCAUGCCAAAGGAUACUCGCUAGUGGUCUCCAACGCCGGCGAUUGGACGCGUUCCUGUAUCCAGAACCCUCCCAGUGCGCUGUGGGUGCGUGGUGUGCCGACAUGUGGGGUGAUGCGUGUCGCAACUCUGUUCAACCGCAUUGUGCUUAUCGGCACGGGGUCUGGAAUUGGGCCACUGCUUGGACAUAUUACCCGGCAGUCAUGUCCUACCCAGCUGAUCUGGUCCACGCCACGGCCAGAGGAGACCUUUGGCAAGGACAUCGUUGGCCUAAUCCGCAGCCAUGUUCCAGACGCUAUCAUCCACGACACCAAAAAAGAGGGUCGACCGGACCUUGUUCGAAUGGGCUACAACAUGGCCAAGUCCUUUGAUGCCGAGGCCGUGAUUGUAAUCGCCAACGAAAAGAUAACAAAGAAGAUCGUAUACGGUCUCGAAACGCGCGGCAUACCGGCGUACGGAAACAUGUUCUCCCUGCGAAGGAUAGCGACGACGGCGGCGCCUACUAUUAGCCGUCAGGGUCUUCAGGCUACAUCUGCAAGGAUAAGACUGUACUCCCAGUACCCCAAUGCCGUUGGCCCAUUGUCCUAUGAUCUACAUCACCCACGUCGUCCUUAUACCACCUGGAGGCAAGACCCAAUUCUCUUUCUUCACGGACUAUUCGGAUCCAAGAAGAACAACAGAACCAUCAGCAACGUCCUAGCCCGGGAUCUUGGACGAUAUGUGUACUGCUUGGAUCUCAGAAACCAUGGCGAUUCGCCUCACAGCCCCCAGCAUGACUACCUUUCCAUGGCCGACGAUGUAGCAGCGUUCAUCGAAGAACAUCGUCUCAUGCGCCCAACAAUCAUCGGCCACUCAAUGGGCGCCAAGACUGCAAUGACUCUCGCCCUGCGCUCUCCGGAACUUGUGGCCAACAUCGUAGCCGUUGACAAUGCCCCCGUAGACAUGACGCUCAGCAGGGACUUUGCCAAGUACGUUCGCGCCAUGAAGAAGAUCAACGACGCAAACGUCACCCGCCAGGCCGAGGCCGACAAGAUUCUGAGCGAGUACGAAGAGUCCGUCGCCAUCCGGCAGUUCCUGUUGGGCAACCUGUAUCAACCCCCAGGCGAAAAGUUCCGCAAGUUCCGCAUCCCUCUGGACAUCCUAGCCAAAUCUCUAGACAACUGCGGAGACUUUCCCUACAAAGACCCCAACGAGAUCCGAUUCGAGAAGCCCGCCCUGUUUGUGCGAGGCACCAAGAGUAAAUAUGUUCCGGACGAGCUUCUCCCCUUGAUCGGCCAGUUCUUCCCCAAGUUCCGUCUCGUCGAUGUAGACGCCGGGCACUGGCUCAUUUCUGAGCAAUUUGAGGCCUUCAGGCUAGGUAUGUAA